UCCCGUUAUACUACCUGCAAGUUUAAGAAAAUAAUUUGUGCAUUUGGCAGUACAAAAGUUUGCUGCAGACCGUCGGAAUCAUGCUUCCGGGCAUCGGAAUGUUUGGUACUGGUGAAAUCACCAAAGUACUGGUACCGAUUCUUCGAGAUAAAGGAUUCUGCAUUGCUGCUAUUUGGGGCCGAACUCUGAAAGAGGCAGAAGAAGCUGCCUUGGAACUGCAGAUUCCCUUCUACACUGGCAAAAUUGACGAUGUCCUGCUGCGCAAGGAUGUCGACCUGGUGUUCAUCACUUGUCCACCCUACCUACAUUCUCAAAUCUCAGUCAAAGCACUUGGAAUCGGAAAGCAUGUUGUCUGUGAUAAACCGAUGAGUUUGUUCCAGGCGGACGCCCUGAAAAUGGUCCGCGCUUGCCAGUAUUAUCCGUCGUUGAUAUCCAUUGUAAAUCAUUCGUUGCGAUUCUUGCCAGCCAUAGGGCACAUGAAGAAAGCUAUCCAGGAGGGCUACCUAGGUUCCCCGGAGGAGUUGUCGUUGAUUGAUGUUAAGGUCAGAAUGAGUUCUUUGUUUCAUAAUAAAUUUGAUUGGUUGUGUGAUGAAACGAUGGGUGGAGGCGUUUUAAAUUUGGUCGGUAGCCAUGUAAUCGACUUGGUAAAGUUUCUUACGGAGCGGAAGGCAGUGAAGGUGCACGGAGUUGUUCGAACCUAUGUUAAGCAUAUGGGACAGAUAAACGGUAUUAGGCAGAUUACUGCGCCUGAUUUUUGCACUUUCCAGAUGGAGCUGGAAAAUAGCACAUUGGUGACGGUUAACAUCAAUUGUCACAUUUCAAAUAAUGCCUUCCAUCAGGAAGUGGCAGUUUACGGAGGAGAAGGUCAUCUCACUGUCCGAGGAGGUGAUCUUGUGGGUCAUCGAGCCGGAGGCGAACCCGGAACUAUUAAAGAAGAAAUGCUCUACGUGGACGUACAGGAUUUACAAUUUUCUACUUCGGAAACUACAUUGCCUCGACCGUACGUGAAGGGGCUUUGCAAAAUGGUCGGUGCCUUGCGAGACGCUUUUCAUCCUACCAAGGAAUCGACGGGGUGGAUUAAAGAGCCUGUCCAGGCUGCGGCCAGCUUUGAGGAUGGGCUUUACGUGCAGGCGGUGCUAGACGCCAUCCGAAAGUCCAGCGAGGAAAGAUGCUGGGCUAAGGUGCAAAUCUGCACCGAAUCACCGACCAAUCAAAAGUUCAUAUCGGCCGCUAGAAUGACAUCUGCCUCGGCGCUGCAUUGAACUGGGAAUACAGUUUAUGUAAGGACUUUUUGUACCUUUAUCAUUAUUAUUAUUAUUACUGUGCCGAAUGUUCCGUAUAAUGCAUUUUAGACGCUUGUUUUAUGUUUAUAACAUUGUUGCUUGUUUCCGUGCUACAAUUAAGCUUAUACCUGCGUUUGCUUUUACUGAUUUAAUACGUUAUUUUGCUAUACAUAUACAAUAUAUGCUAACA